AUGCCCCAGCUGAGUGAUGAUGAUUUCUUCUCAAAUGAGCAGAUUAAUAUUGAUAGAGAAGACAAUGACUCCAACAAUGAUUCCUCAGAGACUGACAGCUCUGAAGCCAGCGACUUUGAACAGAUGCGAAGGGUUUUACAUGAUCCAGGGCCAACUGCUGAAGUCCAUGAGCUGCAAAAGGCCCUUGCAAUUGCUCAGAAAGCUUACUCUGAGACACAUGUUGAGCUACACAGUGCUUUGGAAAGCCUGAGUAUUGAUGCCAGUAUCUCUAAGGAAGUGAAGAAGUAUGCCCUUCUUUACAAUUUCUGGGUCCCAGAUGGCCUUUUUCUGCCAAUGCCAAAGCCAGAUGUUGAUCUGCACAGCCCAACUCGCUGGAUGUCACCCAAGGCCAAACUUGAUGGUGCAGUAGUGGAACUCUACAGCAUAGUCCCCAGCUCUCUCCAUAAUCAAGAAUGGUCCAACAUCCUGAGGGCUAUUAAAAACUGUGCUGGCAUUGUUUUCAUGCCAUAUGGGCUUGACCCCACCUGCCUUUCCAGCCAUCCUUCAGGAAGGAAGGAAGAUCCCAAGUUUCAGGUUCUACUGAAGAAAGAUGGUGUUGGCAAAUACACAUGUCUUGCUCCAAUUCUUUUCAAAAAGCAUGACAACAUGGUUGCUAGCGAGUUUCUCAUGAGUCUGGCUAUCACCCUUGCUCAUUUUCUAGUGUCUCCAGAUUUAGAGCUCUCUUCCAUCAGUGUGGAGACUCGCAUUCUGUACUGCUCUGACUAUGACUUCUACAUUGAAAAGCUUUUGAAGAAAAGCAAUUGGGCUCUCUGUGUUUUUGAUCAUGUGAAUUGUGAGGUGUUUGGUAAAGACUCACAGUCGAAGAAUGCAUCAUUAGUUCCUCCAGUUCCUCUGACUGCCCAGUCACAUACUUUGGAAGAUGAGAUGUUGUCCAAAAUCAAGAAUCCUACACCUCAUGUCACAGCUCCCACCUCUCCCACUGUCAACACAUUUGUCAAUCCUGCAUUCCUGAAUUCUCCUUCUGCUUUGAUGCAGGGCUUUGACAUGGCUACCUGCUCAUCCUCAUCCACUUCUAGCUGUCAUGGAAACACACUCUCUGUUUCCACAGUUUCUCAGCUACAACUUGAGGUUGAAUCCUCACAUGCUGCCAAGGACAAAACAAUUGUUGACCUGCCUGAACCCCCAAAGCGCACCACAUGUAAUACUACCCAUGCCAGAAAGGUCUCGAAGACCAAGAAAUAA